AUGCCCAUCAAGCGCUGCCGCGGCAUACGGCGGCACCACUGCCGCAACUGCUCCCUGAAAAAGUCGACGAUUGCCCCCUCCACCGUCGUGCUGACCCGUGUCGGCACCAACAAAGCAUUCAAGGUCCUCCACAAACCCCAGUCCCCGGAGACCCGACCCGAAACCCAGGCCCGCUGCCCACUCCCGCCUCUAGCCUCGCCGGAGAAACGGACAGUGUGUCUGGACCUCGACGAGACCUUGGUCCACUCCGUGACGGGUCCGCCGCCCAAGAACUUCGACUUCGUUGUCCGGCCGAAUAUCCGCGGCAAGGUGAUGACUUUCUACGUGGUGAAACGACCAGGCGUGGACGCGUUUUUGGAGAGGCUUGCGGCGCAGUACGAGGUGGUGGUGUUCACGGCGGGGCUGAGAGAUUACGCGACGCUGGUGCUGGACCGGCUGGACCGAAAGCGCCUGGUCUCGCACCGGCUCUACAGGGACUCGUGUAAGGAGAUGAGUGGGAAGUUCGUGAAGGACUUGUCCGGGUUGGGGCGGGACUUGAGGCGGGUGGUGAUUGUGGACGACAAUCCCAAUGCUUAUUUCCUCCAGCCAGAGAACGCAAUCCCCAUCCGCCAGUUUUUCAACGACCCAGCGGACCGGGAGCUCUCGAGGUUGCUGGAGUUCUUUGAGGACGAAGAGUUACGUUGUUGUGAGGACAUUAGGGUUGCUGGGAAGAAGUUUGUUGGUGACGAUGGAUUGAUGUCGUCUGAUGAUGACGACGACGACGAUGAUGAGUUGGAGGAGAUGAGUGAUGCUAAGGGUAAACCUACAGUUUCGACGCCGUGUUCUGUCAUCAGUGUCCAUAGAGUUCGCCCAUUUGGGCCGCCAGUUUUGGAGUGGGGGACAAAGAUGGUGAUCGUGUGCAGUUUGUUUCUGCUAAUUCUUAAUGUAAUCGCGUGCUUUCGCACAGGAUUUCAUCCUUUUUUUUAA